AUGGCGCUGCAACGAAACGCAGUGCAAUCUCGAUCAGCCGAUCUUUAUGAUGUAUAAAACGCUAUGGUCGUGACGUUUGCGGAUGCUCAAAACACUUUCGUUGACCGCUUGCCUCAGCCGAUUGCUGGUGAUUUCUCUCAUGCGAACAGUGGAAAUGCUGGGAGAAACAGUUUUCCUUGUGAUGUCCUUCCUGAAAAUCCCUACGUAAAGUCGGAUGAAGAGGCCCUUGAAAGUGCAGGGAAAGAGUCAAGUUUAGUACAAAAACGAGGGAGUCCAAAAGAGUUGCGCGACAUUAUGGAACAAUCAAUGGAUCGCUUAGGAAAGGAGGACAAUGCAAGUAAUUUUGGCUAUUAUAUGCAACUAAAGAAGGAUAAACUUCGUUAUCAAGUUAAUGUGCUUGAUCGCCCUUCUGUUAGGUCAUCAGAGAUCUUCAAAGGAAUCUCCAUUUUCGUGAACGGUUAUACAGAGCCUACUGCGCUGGAGUUACGCCAGCUGAUCCAGUUACAUGGCGGAGAGUAUCACUGCUACUAUGAAUACGGUGUCACUUCUUACGUUAUUGCUGCAUCAUUGGCAGCCGCCAAGGUAGGGCUGGAUUACAGUCUCUUAAGUCUUUUUGGCGAUUUUGUUCUUACUUUGACAGGAAUUGUCGCAAAGUUGUAG